AUGUCACAGGCACAUCCAGACGCCCUCUGUCACGGCGAGGAGGGGGAUUUCACCAGCCCUGGUCUGGCGGUGGACCAGCAGCCGCAGCUGCAGCUCGAAACCCGAGAUGUGGCCCCAGAAGUUGCUCCCCCAGGCAGCACGGUCCCCCCCCAGUCCCCGACGCUGGAGGACCUGGAGAUGCUGCAGUGGGUGCUGCAGCAGUGUGACAUCUCCCCCCGUGACCUCGGUCCCUCGGACCCAUCCUGGGCGCCUGCAGGGUACACCCACCACCAGGACACCUUGCUCCAGCCUCACCCAGAGCCCAGACUAAACAGCUGCCUCCCCCCAUCGGCGUUCCAGCAAUGGGUACCCGCAGCGGAGCAGCCACCCUUGGGUGCCUAUGGUCCCCUGGACCCCAUGCUGCUGGGGGAGCAAGGGGCCGUGGCAGGGCCGUGUCCCCCGCCGGAGGUCACAGCCCUCGUGGCGUCCCCAGGGGAGGCGAUGCUCUUUACCCCUGCUGCCAGCCCGCCACCGCCGCCGGUGGAGGAGAACACAGAUGGCAUCAUCCCCGUCCUGGAUGUCAGCAUCUACUACCGGGGGAAGCUCUUCCACCAGGAGGAGGUGGGGGGCAGGCAGUGCCUGCUGGUGUACGAGCCCUCCGACCCAGCAGUGGCUGAGCGCCCCGGGCGCCUGGUGCGCUUCCCCAGCCCCGACGAGAUGGCCGACAGGAAGCAGCGGCGCUUCACCGAGAAGCUGCUGGGGAGCGCGGGGCUGCAGCUGGAGCAACGUGCCCGCAAGCUCUUUGCCACCCGCCUGAAGAAGUGUAAAGUCUUCUGGGCCCUGUCCCAGCAGCUUGAGGCUGUUGGGGGGCCCCCACCCAACCUGCUCUUCCGGGAUCAGGAGACUCCCAUCUUUGACUUCAAUGAAUUUUGCACAGAGCUGAGGGACUUCCGCAAUGGCCAAAGGCGGCGGUCUCCUGACUUCACCAUCUACCUCUGCUUCGGGCAGUCCUUCGCCAAGGCCAAGCCCAAGGAGUCCAAGCUCAUCCUGGUCAAGCUGGUGCCCAAGUUCUGCGAGUACUGGUACGAGCAGGUGCUGCGGGAGGGAGCCUCCUCCCUUGACAGCGGCACCGUCAGCCUCCAGCUCUCCGACUCCUUCAGCCUCUUCGAGCUGAUCGAGCAGUACAACAUGCAGGUGGACUGACCCACAUACACUCCAUGCCCCCCCCAGGGACGGGCACCAGCCCUUAGGGGACCCCUGGGCGUCGGGGACCGUGAAAACCAGCAUCACCCAGGGAAGGCUGCGGUGGGGUCCUUUCCCCACCCCAAGGACAGCUUCAGGGGCCUGGCCCAGAGCUGACACGUUGCUUUUCCCCCUCCCUCAGCUGCUAAAAUGAGUGUUUUUGUGGAGUGAUGUUAUUUUCUUAAGUUUUCUAAGUAUAAA